UAGAAAACAAAACCAGCGUGAGGUGAGACUGAGCACCAGUCAACAAGUUGAACACGCCCCUCCCGCUCCCUCCUGAAUAAUGAAUGUAUUAAAUUCUCUCUCUCUCUCGCUCUCUCGCGCCCGCCUACUUUUCAAGUGCUCUUUAGCUCUUCCAUUCCUACCCACUUCUACAAAAACCAUUGUCUUUCUCCGUUUCUCCCCUUUCAUACUUUCUUCCUUGCAGGCCUCGGCCUUCCGUUUUUGCGUCCACCAACUGCAAUGCCACAAGUCGAAACAUUGGUUUCUGCGUGUGCCGGCGGCGGGUCCGGUGAUCGCAAAAUUGCCUGCGAGACUCUUGCUGACGGUCACAGCCACCAGGUAGAGGAAGCGCAUCUGCCGAAGAACAACCCUGAUUCCCCGCCUGAAUCCUUCUGGCUCUCCAGGGACGAAGAAUUGGACUGGUGGGACCGUAAUGCUGUCUACGAGCGAAAAGAAUCCACCAAGGGUAACAGCUCCAAUUCCACCAAUUUGAACCCCAGUUUGAAAUCCAGGUCUCAGCGGGUUUCUUUGAAGUCCAAGGCCUCCAUUAUUGGCCUGCCAAAGCCUCAGAAACCUUCCUUUGGGGAUGCCAAGAAUCGUCGAAACCACAAGCCGGGGAACACCAGAUUGUUCCCCAAACGGAGUGCGUCAGUGGGAAAAUCGGAAUCCUCAGUGAUCGAACCAUCAUCGCCAAAGGUUUCAUGUAUGGGGAGAGUGAGAUCAAGGAGGGAUCGAAAUCGUAGGUUGAGAAUUCGCCAAAGGUCCUCUGAGUCGGGCACCGCUAAAGAAAAAUUGAUGCGAAGCAAAAGCAGAGGCCGGAAACCAGGGUUCUUUGAAAGCUUUAGAGCUAUUUUCCGCCCCCGCCGCCAAGAAAACAAGGUCCAGAAAGCCGAUCUUCCGCCAGAAGAUUCUCCUUCAAGCAAGAACCGGACCACGCUGCCGCGGAAUAGCACUGCUAGCGAUAUCGACGCAUCUUUCGCCGAGCCGACCCCGAGAAACAGCGUGACGGAGAGUGAACCUCCUGGUUUAGGUGGUAUGAAGCGGUUCGCAUCUGGGAGACGGUCCGGCGCGUGGGGGGUAGGUGAGCCUGAGAUCCACGUGCGGCAAUAGGCUUCAAGCGGUUCGGCGACGGCGUCGAGCUUGCGUGCUCGGAAUCGCCGAUGCUUGUGCCGGGCACAGAUGACGUGACACGUCGAAUAACGGUCUCGACUGUUCCCGAAUACUUCUGCUUUUACUGUGAUUUGGUUUUUAGCGUUUCCUUUUUCUCUCUAGUCUCUACUAACAAUUUGUAAAUAGAUUCGUGAAUCGUGAGUGCUUUUUUCCCUUCACCAAGAGUAGGAGUGAUGUUUUCUAAUAAAUGAGCAGUUGUAAAUUUUACUUU